AUGGCCUCUCACGACUCCCNNCCCUCCGACGACACCGGCAACGCUCAGAACGAGAAGAUCAAGUUCAGAUUCUGUCGCGAAUGUUCAAACAUGCUCUACCCGCGCGAGGACAAGGAGACAGACCAGCUCAUCUUCCAGUGCCGCAACUGCCAGUGGCCCACUGCUGUCGGUCCAACCUGCAUUUACCGCAACGAAGUCAUGGGCAACUUGAUCGAAACCGCUGGUGUCGUUACAGAUGUCGCCUCAGACCCAACAGUAUGCCACAGUUACGCGCGCAUCCACCUGAACUAUGCUCACUCUAUUGUAGNNCUACCCCGUGUUGAGAGAGACUGCAACAACCCACGAUGCGGCGGAAGAGAAGCCGUCUUCUUCCAGAGUCAAAUGCGUAACGCAGAGACAGGCAUGAAGCUCUUCUACGUUUGCUGCGAAUGCGGCAAAACUACCACCUAA